AUGGAAAACUUGGAAGUUAUGUCUACCGAAAGAAAACUUUUGAAUGAGAAGCAUAAUGCUGGCCGUGCUGUUUAUGAUGAUGCUCAAAAGAAGAUGUCUGACAUACAGAUGAGAAUUGAAGCAAAGACUUCAAGUUUAAAAAAUAUUCAAAAUGAAAUAGCGAAAAGCAAACUUAAUGCAGUGGAAGCUCGCCCUCCUUUCUGGAAAUUGGUUCUGAAGCAAUUUGAUGAUUUGCUGGUUAAGAUUUUGAUUGCAACUGCUGUUGUUUCUUUCCUUUUGGCAGUGGUUGAUGGAGAGACAGGAUUAAAGGCCUUUUGGGAGCCUUCUGUCAUCCUAAUGAUAUUGGCUGCAAAUGUAGCAGUAGGGGUAAUCACAGAAACAAAUGCUGAAAAGGCUCUUGAGAAAAUGGUAUUCUGCCAUUGGAUGGAAGCUAAGGAUGAGCACCACAAACUCCUAAGCCUUCCGGUAAGGAUGCCUCCAAUCUCUUUACAACAUCUCCCAGCUCAAGCAGUGCUUUGGAAGCCUCUUCCAAAUCAACCUUCAACUUCACCACCUCUUACUCGACCUUUGGGUUUCUCAGAUUUAGCAAUAUCUGUAGCAGCAGUCAGGUUGGCAACCUUUGAAUCUGUGGAUGCCAAAUACUUUUUGAGGAACUCUUAA